AAAUGUCAUCGAGCGUGCACAAGACAAAAGCGUUGUCGAAGAGAUAAAAUAGCGCAGUGCAACGGAAUCGUCGCAUCCUAUCGCAAAUCUACCUGCCAUUUACUGCUAGAACUUCCUCAGAAAUGGUUGCCUUGUACCUCCUGGUUAUAUUACCGUGUAUAUUCGCGUACCCCGAGCAUUCAGGAGCCUAUUCGUCACCUCAAUAUGCGAAGAAGAUGUUCCCGAAACAAAACUAUGACACAAGCGUCCUACUACCAAAAGAAGAGCCGCCGGUACCGUUCAGAAGCAUUGAUAGAUUCGACGGGGAUUUAAACGAUACGUCACAAUAUGGACGCUCGUCGUUUCUCGAUACGGCUGGCAGUUUUCUCACUGGCGCUGGAGGUCAGGUGAUGUCCAGUUUGGCGAAGGAUUUCAUUGCAAGAUCGACAGGCAGCAGUCAGGUUUUGAGCCUCAAUUUAACAAACCUGGUGAUACUGAUAGUACUGAAGGCUCUCAUCCUAGCCGCUGGUUUCUUCGGCGCCGGGGCGUGGAAGGGCCACCACUAUGGAAGGAGUUUGGAUGAGAAUAAAAACGCAUCAUAUAUAACUGAAGACGAACUCCUCCUAUACCUGAGCUACCUGGUGGGUCAACAGACCCGUGACUUCGGAUGUCUAUACCGCGUGUCCUGUCAGAAGCCACAUCACGCAGCGCUAUACGCUUCCGGGGCUGAUCUGCUGCUACAAGGAACUAAGCUUAUUCAGGGAAACAGCAUUGAGCUGGAACCUUACGAACAACUCUCAAACGGGAUAAAACAGGCAGCAGCUUGGGGUGAACAAGGAAACUGUGAAGAUCGCUACCAGUGCACCUAGCUCUGAACACUGAACAAAGCCGCUGUCAACAGCAAUCGGCAAACCUGCUACGAUUAAGGCGACACUUAAUGC